UUAAUAUAAGUGUUUAUGUUGUAGUUGCAUAAAUUCAAGUCGAUAAAUUCAUUUUUUUGAAACUUAAAAAUUGAAAAAAAAAAUGUUUUCUCUUUAUCCUUUUGCAUUUGACAUUUUCAGUAUAUUUAUGAAAGUUAUUGCAUCUUCAUUUCUUAAAUCUCAAUUGAAUAGAAUCCUAAUUUCCUAUCUUAUUCUGGGACAAAAUUGAAAAAUGAAAAAGCUAGGAGUCUAAAACAAGGAAAAACCAAAAACUUAGACACAUUAAUUGUAAUUUUCAACAAAAUUCUUCCCUCCACAUCUAUCCGAACCAAAAAUUCCCUCCCUUCCCUUCACAACUUUCCUCUUCUCUCUUUCUCUCUCUAGCCCUCACUUUCUCUUUCUUCCUCUUUUUCCAAUUCCAUUUCUACCCUCGCCUCUCUCUCCGAUUCCCUCUCACUCUCCCUCCGAAUCAUAAACUUCGAUGUCCGGCCGCGCUCGAGCCUCCGCUCGUCCCACGCCGCCGUUUCCUCCUCCUUCUCCGUCUUCCGCCUCAGCACCAGCAUCGUCGGGCCCGUCGGUUGUUCCGCCGAUACGUCGCCAUCUGACCUUCGCCUCGACGAAGCCGCCUUUUAUUCAUCCCACCGACGAUUAUCACAGAUUUUCUUCUCAUAAUAGUAACAAUAAUUUAACCACCUCUAAUAAUGCACAUGGAAUAAUCGCCGAUCAUGAAGUUGAAGCGAUUGUUGUGAGAUCUCCACAAUUAAAAAGGAAGAAAGCAAUGGACAGCUAUGAAGUUGAGUCUGGCCAAUUGACCGGCAGUCCAGGAGUUACCAGCAUAUCCAACAAACCCUUCCAGACACCUGUAUCAGCUAAAGGAGGAAGGAUAAAUAAUAGAUCAAAGGCCUCAAAGGCCAAUAAAUCUAUUCCUCAAACAUCAGUGUCAAAUGCUGGUUUACUGUCUCCUCUUACUCCUGCCGGCAGCUGCCGCUAUGACAGUUCUUUAGGUCUAUUGACGAAAAAAUUCAUCAAUCUGAUAAAGCAUUCUGAAGAUGGUAUCCUCGACCUAAAUAAGGCUGCAGAAACAUUGGAGGUGCAAAAGAGGAGGAUAUAUGACAUAACAAAUGUCUUGGAAGGCAUUGGUCUCAUUGAAAAGAAGCUCAAAAACAGAAUACAUUGGAAGGGUGUUGAUGCUUCAAGACCAGGAGAAGCAGAUGGUGAUGUCUCUGUAUUACAGGGAGAAAUUGAAAACCUGUCCAUGGAAGAGCACAGAUUAGAUGAUCAAAUAAGAGAAAUGCAGGAAAGAUUGAGGGAUUUGAGUGAGAAUGGGAACAAUCAGAGGUGGCUUUUUGUGACUGAAGAUGACAUCAAGGGUCUACCUUGUUUUCAGAAUGAAACUCUGAUAGCAAUUAAAGCUCCACAUGGAACAACUCUGGAAGUACCUGAUCCUGAUGAAGCUGUUGACUGCUCACAAAGGAGAUACAGGAUAAUUCUUAGGAGCACAAUGGGUCCCAUUGAUGUUUACCUAGUCAGCCAAUUUGAGAAGUUUGAAGAGAUGAAUGGUGUUGAGCCACCUGUGAGUGUCCCACUUGCUUCAAGCUCUGGUUCUAAUGAAAACCAAGUUGAAUUGGUCAAUGUGGACACCAGAAAGGAGAUAGAACCACAGGCACAACAAACUCAUCAAAUGGGCUCUGAUAUUAAUGCUUCACAGGAGUCUGUUGGGGGAAUGAUGAGAAUUGUUCCUUCGGAUAUUGAUAAUGAUGCAGAUUAUUGGCUUUUAUCAGAUGCUGAUGUUAGCAUUACAGAUAUGUGGAAAACAGACUCAGGUGUUGAAUGGAGUGGAGUAGAUAUGCUUCAUACUGACUUUGGAAUGGCUGAUGUCCGUACCCCAAGGCCACAAACUCCACCAUCUAGGAUGACCGAAGUGCCAUCUUCUGAUUUUAACUCUACUAAAAGUUGAAUUUCUGCUAUUGGGUGAACAUUCAUAGUGGAGUUUUCCAAGUUUGUUAUGCUCUGUACCUCGGAUUCUCUGUGGCAAUUUGUUACAAAGAGGGUUAAGGAUCAACUCAACCCAAGGCCACAAACGAAAUGGAAAUCCCAAGAAGAGGGGCCACACAAACUGCAAAAGCAACAACAAUUUGAUUGCUAAGGGACCUUGAGCUAGGUCGUCAACGUUUUCAUUGCAGCAAAUUUGUUUUUGUCUUGAUCUCUUGGCAUGAAUUUGGAUAUGUCCAAUCACGGUUGAGAAAUCAUUUUCACGAGAGGAUGCAGACUCUGAGUUUGACAAAAGUAAUCAGAAAAGGACCAUAUUGAAAAAAUUGUGAAGACAAAUUAAUGUUGUUGUCGUUGAAACUUUCUUACUUCCAUAUGUUAUGACUGGAUCCAAAAGGCCAAAGCUGGCAAUUGUCAUCUCCCAAAACAUCUUUCUUCUACAGAGUACUUAGCCCAAAUUUCCUAUUCCUUUUGGGGUAGGAUAUAACUGAAUUCGAGUUCAGUUUGAUUUGAAAACUUGAGACACGAUUUGAGUUUCAAUAUUUAAAUU